AGCUCACGUUUCGCGCAUUUCGUUUUGUUUCGUUUUUUUUCUUGCUGCGUCCUUUUAAUUAUAAUUUUUUAUUCUUUUAUAUACUUCAAAAUCACUUUAAAUCACGAGCAUGCUGGACAUCACCACCGAAUUUGCUGCUGUGGUGGAUUCCCAGGAUGAGUACACGCACAACGGGGGCGGUAGCCACAAAAGCAACACAUCUCAGGCUCGACUAUUCAGCCAGCUAGCCAAGCAACGGCACGAGGAAAUUGCCAGCGACGCAUUUACAGUUGACGAUUCUUACAAAAAGAACGAGGCUGGCUACUGGAAGUCCGAGAGUAACACGUGGGACCUUUUGGAACGGCUGUACGCCUUGAGAGCGCAGGUGCCUGCCGAUGAAGAUUCCGAGGACUCAGUCAUGCGCGAGGACAACGAUAGCGACGAGCACAGUGUCCCAGAAAAGCACUCGUCGAUCACAGCGACCGCUUUUUCCAGCGUUCAGGAGCUCAUGGUGGCCAAUAGUCAGCUCUCAGAGUACGUCGAGGUGCGCCGGUGGCUUGAGGAGAACGCACCCCCGUUCCAGCCCGUGGAGACGCGCAAGGGUUAUCUGUUUUACACGCGCCGAAAUAUCAAGGAGCGCGAGCGGCUGGCCGGGAGUUCCGAGAAGGCAGCAGCCAUAGUGGGGCGCAUUGUCACCGAGGCAGACCCCGACUCCACAUCUCGGCAGAGGAAGGAGCUGGCCUUUGAGGAUGCCGAAUACGAGUGCGGAUUGCUGCGCACGCUUUUCGAGUACGUGAGGCGCGGGCGCGCUGAUAACGCCAUGGACCUGUGCAUUGAGAGCGACGAGCCCUGGCGCGCGGCCAGUCUGAAGGGCGGUCUUUUUUGGCGUGACCCCAAACUGGAGGCUGACAGUGAGAUUCCCGUUGACGGCAGCGACGCCACAGACAUUGACGUGCGCCCGCCCCACCCAGCGGGCAACAUUAACCGCACUCUUUGGAAGCAGGCGUGUGCGGCAUUGGCGCAGGACGAUAACAAUGAGCUGUAUGAGCGCGCUCUUUACGCCGCUCUGAGCGGGCGUCUGGACGAGGUGCUUUUGGUCAGUGGGAGCUGGGAGGAUCAUGUGUGGGCUUACGUCAACACGAUGGUCGAGUCGCAGAUCGACCAGGGCAUCAAAGACGCCAGCGUACUGUACACGCCCGCGCAAAACACGUCUUUGGGCCAUGUGCAAAGCAAGCACCCGUCCGUUCGCGAUAUCAAGCAGGUGUUUGACUCGCUGGCCACACACGAGUCUGCAUCUUUGCGCAGUGAGGCUGGCGAGCCAUUCCACGCGCUGCAGAUGGCCAUAAUCACCAACACAUUCCAGGACUACGUGAUCGAAUUUGCGCGCAAGCUCAGCGCCCAGGAGCUGAGCGACGACGAGAGCGAUCUGCUUAGGGUUGUCGUUCACUCGGCACUGUAUCUGCGCAGCCUCGGCUUUGACAUGCCUUCCGACGCAGUUGAUGUUUUGCUCGGGGAGUAUAUCGGUCACCUGACUACAGACCGCCGCGAGCUGGUUGCCUCAUAUUUCCUACAGACUGUUUCUGAUGCUAUUCCUGUGCGCAUGAACCUACUGAGGAUCGGCGAGAAGCAAGGACUUGAUGCCGAUGCCAUUGCCAAGCGCACAUCCGAGCUCGUUCUGCUCAAGUAUGCUUCUACCGCUAGCAGCACAAUGUCGGGAGAAACUGAGUUUGCGCUUGCUGAGCCCGCCGAGCCCAUCACCGACGAGGAGCUCGACCAAGUGCGGGCCAUUGAGUGGAUCACCAGCAGCCCACAGCUGUAUGAACACGCACUGGUGGAGACAUCCAGGCUUGUCCGGCAGUUCUUGCUCGCUGGGCGCACCAACGCUGCGACUCAGCUGCUCAACUCGCUGCCCGAUGACUUUGUGCAGCAGGACUGGCUGAAGGGUGUGCGUGACCCUGCUUCUCCGGCGACCGGCGGCAGCGAGAAUAGCGAUGCUGUCUCUAUGUCGUCUGAUCUGUUUGCGGAUCUCAGCGGGAACCACCGGGGCCAGAGCGCUGGGAUUGCGUCGCAUGUGCACGAGUACAUCCACCUGCUUAGCCUGUGCGACGCGUACGCGCACUACUCUACCUGGGCCGAGACGCUGUGCAAGCAGCCCGUGGAUACAGGGCGGCUGGGUUCCCGGGUGCAGACGCAGUGGCUGGAGUGGAAGGACACAAUAGUGGCGUCCACCGAGCGGGCCAUCCACAUGUUCCGCACUCAACUUCUGGAGGUAGACUGGCUGAGCACCCAAACGCUGUGCAUUGAUGUUGACUCUCUGGAGAUCAUCAGCGACGAAUUAGCGCAGAGGCUGAAUGACCUGGCUCGUUUGCGCGAGAUAUACAUCCCCGAGACGGUGUUCCGACUGCAUUCGAUUUUGUUUGACACGCGCGAUGCGGUGCCGCAGAACCUUAAGCACAGUCUUGAUUUGGCUCAGCUGGUUGCCGACGAGAGCCUGGGCAUUUACCGGCAACUGGCAAAGGCGUCUCCUGCACACCCUCGCGGCCGCUUGGCUGCGUUCAUGGGGCUGAUGCGGCGGUCUGCAUUCGAGACCCUGUGCAUUCAGCAAGAGAUGCAAGCUGACAAGCCACCAUUGCUGGCUGGCCCGUCAUCAUCCAUUUCUGGUGGUCUUGUUUGAGUGGGGCAGCUGUUUUAUUUUUUGGUAUGAAAGGCAUCGCGCAUUCAAUAUUCAACA